UUGGUGCUGUCUUCUCUUCUAGGUAUAGUUUACGAGUUUACCUCCUCAGUCCCCCCACCUCGCGAGAGAAGCUGAGAGCUGCCGUCCAAGUCGAAGCUCAGCGGCGGAUCCAUCUCUGAGCUCACCGUCCCUCCGACAUGGCUCGAGGAUUGAAGAAGCACUUGAAGAGGCUCAAUGCCCCAAGGCAUUGGAUGCUCGACAAGCUGGGAGGUGCAUUCGCACCUAAGCCCUCUUCUGGGCCCCACAAGUCGAGGGAAUGCCUGCCUCUGAUCCUCAUCCUGCGAAACAGGCUGAAGUAUGCCCUUACCUACCGUGAGGUCAUUGCUAUCCUGAUGCAGCGUCAGAUUCUCGUCGAUGGAAAAGUUAGGACUGAUAAGACCUACCCUGCUGGUUUCAUGGAUGUUGUCUCAAUUCCCAAGACAAACGAGAACUUCCGUCUUCUCUAUGAUACCAAAGGCAGGUUCAGGCUUCACAGCAUUAGGGAUGAAGAGGCCAAGUUCAAGCUCUGCAAGGUCCGUUCUGUCCAAUUCGGGCAGAAGGGCAUCCCUUACCUCAACACCUAUGACGGCCGCACACUCCGAUACCCCGACCCGCUGAUUAAGGCCAACGACACGAUCAAGCUUGACCUUGAGUCCAACAAGAUCGUCGACUUCAUCAAGUUUGACGUGGGGAAUGUUGUGAUGGUUACGGGAGGAAGGAAUAGAGGGCGUGUCGGAGUGAUCAAGAACAGGGAGAAGCACAAGGGAAGCUUUGAGACCAUCCACGUUCAAGAUGCUACUGGGCAUGAGUUUGCUACUCGCCUCGGGAACGUGUUCACCAUAGGGAAAGGGACAAAGCCCUGGGUGUCCCUUCCCAAGGGCAAGGGUAUCAAGCUCUCGAUCAUCGAAGAGGCAAGGAAGAGGCUGGCGGCCCAAGCUUCUGCUACUGCUUAGAGAGUGUUCUCCAGUAAAAUUUUCCCCUUAAAAGGCUCUUUGAUGCUGUUUGUUGAGCUCUAUUAGAAUUUUGGUAGGGAGAGACAAAUGUUUUGGCACCUCUUUUCGACAUUUCUAAAUCAGUUAUACUUCUGGGGUUCCUUUUCUGGACAUCUCAAAUGGAUCAUGUUAUUGGUAGAUUAAAGCAUGUUGUCCUAUCUUGCUUCUU